AUGAAGCUGAUUUUGAUCUUCAGUGCCCUCUUUGGGGCUGCCUUGUGCCUGGAAACUUUUGUUGGGCACCAGGUUCUCCGUAUCAAGACAAGAAAUGGGGAACAACUGAAGAAGCUACAGUUUUUGGAAACAUUGGAUCAUCUUGAGCUUGAUUUCUGGUUAAAUCCCUCCACCCCUGCUCUCCCUGUGGAUGUACGAAUCCCUGCUCACAGCCUCCAGGCAGUCAAAGUCUUCCUGGAGUCCCAUGGGAUUGAGUACUCAGUCCUGAUUGAAGACCUGCAGGUCGUUCUCGACAGAGAAAAGCAAGAUAUAGUUGCCAGUCAACAAAUGGAACGCAGCAGCAGCACUUUCAACUAUGGAGCUUACCAUUCUUUAGCUUCUAUUUACCAAGAACUGGACAAUCUUGCAUCUGAGUAUGGCAGCAUUGUCAGUAAGAUCCAGAUUGGGGAAUCCUAUGAAAAUCGGCCGUUGUAUGCGCUCAAGUUCAGUGCUGGAAGAGGAAAGCGCCCUGCGAUCUGGCUCGAUGCUGGCAUCCAUUCCCGAGAGUGGGUUACCCAAGCGAGUGCAAUGUGGAUAGCUAGAAAGAUUGCCUCUGACUAUGGGAAUGAUCCAUCCAUCACCUCUCUGCUGAACAACCUGGACAUUUUCCUGCUGCCAGUCGCUAACCCUGAUGGAUACGAAUUCACCCACACCACAAACCGCAUGUGGCGGAAGACCCGCUCCAAGAACUCAGGCAGUCUGUGUGUUGGAGUGGAUCCAAACAGGAACUGGGACGCAGGUUUUGGAGGUCCUGGAGCCAGUAGUAACCCCUGUUCUGACUCUUACCAUGGACCCAGUGCCAACUCAGAGGUGGAAGUUAAAUCUGUUGUAGAUUUUAUUACGAGUCACGGAAACAUCCAGGCCUUCCUCACCCUCCACAGCUACUCUCAGCUCCUGAUGUAUCCCUAUGGUUAUAAAUGCACUCCACCAGCAGACAACGCUGAGCUGAACACCAUAGCGAAAGCUGCUGCCAAUUCCAUCCAGUCCCUGUAUGGCACCACCUACACAGUGGGGAGCAUUUGCACUACUAUCUACCAAGCCAGCGGAGGCAGCAUUGACUGGAGCUAUGAUUAUGGCAUCAAAUACUCAUUUGCCUUUGAGCUGAGAGACACGGGUCGCUAUGGAUUCCUCCUUCCAGCUGCCCAAAUAAUCCCCACUGCUGAGGAGACCUGGCUGGGUCUGAAAACAAUCAUGGAAUAUGUACGAGACAACCCAUACUAAAAGCAGGGAUGGGAACCAGCUGUCAAGAUCAGCAAGCUCAGAAAUCCUCUUCCUUUGGUGUGCUGUAAUCAUACAGCAGCUGUCUGAAUAAAAAACCUGCGUGCGUUCUGAGUGUUUCAUAGAAUCAUAGGAUCACAGAAACAUUAAUGUUGGAAAAGACCUCUAAGAUCAUCUAAUUCAACCAUCCUGCCAACAGGGACCUGUUGAGGGACCUGCCAACAGUAUUGCCCAAUAAGCCACAUCCCUAAGUACUGUAUCUACACGUUUCUUGGACACCAUCCCUGUCAUGUUGGUUUCUGUGCCUUUCUGUGGGUCUGGUAGAUUCCUACAAGGUGUCACAGAUUUUAGGACUCAGCCAAAAGAUGAGCUUGGAAAGGAGAAGACUGCAUCAAAGCAUCCUGCCCUAUGGCCUCUUGGGUGCCCUCUGCAGCUCCAUCUUCAUUAA